GUGAUGUGAUGUUCUCUGGUGUUGGUCUUGGUAUUGUUCUACUACUGCUGGGUCUGCUGCUGUUCAUGAUCUUUAGACAGAGGAGAGACAGAGGCAGGAAACCAACAGGUACGGUAGUUAUCACACACAAUCGUUAUUUAAAAAACACAAAAAAACGUCAAAAAAUAAAUAUACAUGAAAACAGUUAAUUAAAAUAACAUAAAUCUUCAAAGAUAAAUUAUAAAGAAAUAAUCUAUGUUUGUUUUCCUCUUCAGCAUCCAAACACUCCAACCAGGAUCAAGACACAGGAACCAUCGCUAAUGCCAUCUACUUCACAGCAACCAAUCAGAACCCAGAUUCAGCCUUAGAUAUCACCACCAUCUACACCAUGGCAACCAAUAAGAAUGCAGAUACAGCCUGUGACUUCACCACCAUCAACGCCACGGCAACCAAUCCUUGUGCAGAUGACAUCUACUCCAAUGUUGGUCUGUCUACAAAGGUUCCAUACAGUGUGACCUAUGCUACUGUCAACUUCCCCAGAGAUCCAGCCUGUCUCCAUUAUGCUACUGUCAACGUCCCCAGAGAUCCAGCCUGUCUCCACUAUGCUACUGUCAACGUCCCCAGAGAUCCAGCCUGUCUCCACUAUGCUACUGUCAACUUCCCCAGAGAUCCAGCCUGUCUCCACUAUGCUACUGUCAACUUCCCCAGAGAUCCAGCCUGUCUCCACUAUGCUACUGUCUCCUUCAGUACAGACUCUGAUGCUAGUAACCACCCAGACACUCACCCUACAGAUGUAGACACCUCAUAGAUGUACUGCACUAUUAAACACUCUGCUACAUAGUCUUUUAUUUAUUUAUUUUUUAUUUCACCUUUAUUUAACCAGGUAAACCAGUUGAGAACAAGUUCUCAUUUACAACUGCGACCUGGCCAAGAUAAAGCAAAGCAGUGCGAUAAAAACAACAACACAGAGUUACAUAUGGGGUAAAACAAAACAAAGUCAAAAAAUACAACAGAAAUACAUAUAUAUACAGUGUGUGCAAAUUUAGCAAGUUAUGGAGGUAAGGCAAUAAAAUAGGCUAUAGUGCAAAAUAAUUACAAUUAGUAUUAACACUGGAAUGAUAGAUGUGCAAGAGAUGAUGUGCAAAUAGAGAUACUGGGGUACAAAUGAGCAAAAUAAAUAACAAUAUAGGGAUGAGGUAGUUGGGCGGGCUAAUUUCAGAUGGGCUGUGUACAGGUGCAGUGAUCGGUAAGGUGCUCUGACAACUGAUGCUUAAAGUUAGUGAGGGAGAUAAGUGUCUCCAGCUUCAGAGAUUUUUGCAAUUUGUUCCAGUCAUUGGCAGCAGAGAACUGGAAGGAAUUGCGGCCAAAGGAGGUGUUGGCUUUGGGGAUGACCAGUGAGAUAUACCCGCUGGAGCGCAGACUACGGGUGGGUGUUGCUAUGGUGACCAAUGAGCUAAGAUAAGGCGGGGAUUUGCCUAGCAGUGAUUUAUAGAUGGCCUGGAGCCAGUGGGUUUGGCGACGAAUAUGUAGUGAGGACCAGCCAACAAGAGCGUACAGGUCACAGUGGUGGGUAUUAUAUGUGGCUUUGGAGACAAAACGGAUGGCACUGUGAUAGACUACAUCCAAUUUGCUGAGUAGAGUGUUGGAGGCUAUUUUGUAAAUGACAUCGCCGAAGUCAAGGAUCGGUAGGAUAGUCAGUUUUACGAGGGCAUGUUUGGCAGCAUGAGUGAAGGAGGCUUUGUUGCGAAAUAGGAAACCGAUUCUAGAUUUAACUUUGGAUUGGAGAUUCUUAAUGUGAGUCUGGAAGGAGAGUUUACAGUCUAACCAGACACCUAGAUAUUUGUAGUUGUCCACAUACUCUAGGUCAGACCCGUCGAGCGUAGUGAUUCUAGUCGGGUGGGCGGGUGCAAGCAGCGUUCGGUUGAAAAGCAUGCAUUUAGUUUUACUAGUGUUUAAGAGCAGUUGGAGGCUACUGAAGGAGUGUUGUAUGGAAUUGAAGCUCGUUUGGAGGUUUGUUAACACAGUGUCCAAUGAAGGGCCAGAUGUGUACAAAAUGGUGUCGUCUGCGUAGAGGUGGAUCUGAGAGUCACCAGCAGCAAGAGCGACGUCAUUGAUAUACACAGAGAAAAGAGUCGGCCCAAGAAUUGAACCCUGUGGCACCCCCAUAGAGACUGCCAUAGGUCCAGACAACAGGCCCUCCGAUUUGACACAUUGAACUCUAUCUGAGAAGUAGUUGGUGAACCAGGCGAGGCAGUCAUUUGAGAAACCAAGGCUAUUUGUGACACUCUGGCUCCGGGACUUUUGUAUUUGAGCCAGGGUGUAUUUUGUUAUGUUGGGUUUUGGGUAUAUUUCUAGGUUGCCUUUCUGUUGCCUUCAUUUCUAGGUUUGAUCUAUGACUCCCAAUCGGAGGUAACGAGUGUCAGCUGUCGGCUCGUUAUCUCUGAUUGGGAGCCAUAUUUAUUCUGAAUGUUUUCCUGUGGGAAUUGUGGGUUUUUGUUCUUAGUUCUGUCAGUGUUGCAGAGGACUUCACGUAUCGGUCUUGUUUUGUUGUUUUGUUCCAGACUUUGAAUUAAUAAAGUCAUGUUUCUUGGACACGCUGCGCCUUGGUCAUACUUGGACGACAUAGACCCUCGUGACAGAAAAACCCACCUUAAAAGGACCAAGCAGCGUGUCAAGCGGCAACAGGAUUUAUGGACGCCUAUCAAGGAUUCAUGGACUUGGGAGGAGAUACUGGAUGGAAAGGGUCCUUGGGCACAACCGGGAGAAUAUCGCCGCCCUCGUGAAGAGCUGGAGGCAGCUAAAGCCGAGAGGAGGCGGUAUGAGGAGGCAGCACGGAGUCAAGGCUGGAAGCCCGUGGGUACUACCCAAAAAUUUCUUGGGGGGGGGCUAAAAGGGAGUGUGGCGAAGUCAGGUAGGAGACCUGCGCCUACUCCCUGGACUUACCGUGGAGAGCGAGAGUACGGGCAGACACCGUGUUACGCAGAAGAGCGCAUGGUGUCUCCUGUACGCAGGCAUAGCCCGGUUCGGUACAUCCCAGCUCCACGUAUCGGCCGGGUUAGAGUGAGCGUUGAGCCAGAUGUCAUGAAGCCGGCCCAACGCAUCCAGCUACCAGUGCGUCGUCUCGGGCCGGCGUACAUGGCACCAGCCUUACGCAUGGUGUUCCCAGUUCGCCCACAUAGGCCGGUGCGGGUUAUUCCACCUCCCCGUACUGGUCGGGCGACGGGGAGCAUCAACCCGGGUAAGGUUGGGCAGGCUCAGUGCUCAAGGGGGCCAGUAAGCCUGCACGGUCCGUAUUUCCGGCGCCACCUCCCCGCUCCAGCCCAGUACCACCAGUGCCUACACCACGCACCAAGCCUCCUGUGUGUUCCCCGAGUCCUGUGCGUCCUGUUGCUGCUCUCCGCACUAGGCCUUAUGUGCGUCCUGUUGCUGCUCUCCGCACUAGGCCUUAUGUGAGUCCCCAGGGUCCAGCAUGCCCUGUUCCGGCUCUCCGCACUAGGGCCUUAUGUGCGUCCCCAGGGUCCAGCAUGCCCUGUUUCCUUCUCCCCCGCACUAGGCGUUAUGUGAGUCCCCAGGGUCCAGCAUGCCCUGUUCCGGCUCUCCGCACUAGGCGUUAUGUGAGUCCCCAGGGUCCAGCAUGCCCUGUUCCGGCUCUCCGCACUAGGCCUUAUGUGCGUCCCCAGGGUCCAGCAUGCCCUGUUCCUUCUCCCCGCACUAGGCGUUAUGUGCGUUCCCAGGGUCCAGCAUGCCCUGUUGCUUCUCCCCGCACUAGCCCUGAGAUGCGCGUCCUCAGCCCGGUACCUCCAGUUCCGGCACCACGCAUCAGGCCUACGGUGCGCCUCAGACGGCCAGAGUCUGCCGUCUGCCCAACGGGGCCUGAACUGCCCGUCUGCCCUAAGGCGUUUGAACUGGCCGUCUGGACUGAGCCUGCAAAGCCGCCCGUCUGCCAUGAGCCGUCAGAGCCGUCCGCCAGACCGGAGCCGCUAGAGCCUUCCGCCAGACAGGAUCAGCCAGAGCCUUCCGCCAGACAGGAUCAGCCAGAGCCUUCCGCCAGCCAUGAGCAGCCAGAUCCGUCAGCCGGCCAUGAGCAGCCAGAUCCGUCAGCCAGCCAUGAGCAGCCAGAUCCUUCAGCCAGCCAUGAGCAGCCCAGAUCCGUCGGCCAGCCACGAGCAGCCAGAUCCGUCGGCCAGCCAUGAGCAGCCAGAUCCGUCAGCCAGCCAUGAGCAGCCAGAUCCGUCAGUCAGCCAUGAGCAGCCAGAUCCUUCAGCCGGCCAUGAGCCGUCCAGCCAGGAUCCGCCAGAGCCGUCCAGCCAGGAUCCGCCAGAGCCAGCCAGCCAGGAUCCGCCAUUGAGUCUGGUGCUGUCCCUUAGCCCGGUGCUGCCCCUUAUCCUGGUGCUGCCCCUUAGUCCGGUACUGCCCCUUAGUCCGGUGCCGCCCCUUAAUCCAGUGGGGUUUAGUUGGGGGGUGGUCAUGUGGAGGAGGCUACGGAAGCGGAUAGUGACUAAGGUGGGGUGGGGACCACGACCAGGGCCAGAACCGCCACCGUGGACAGACGCCCACCCAGACCCUCCCCUAGACUGUAUGCUGGUGCGCCCGGAGGUCGCACCUUUAGGGGGGGGUACUGUGACACUCUGGCUCCGGGACUUUUGUAUUUGAGCCAGGGUGUAUUUUGUUAUGUUGGGUUUUGGGUAUAUUUCUAGGUUGCCUUUCUGUUGCCUUCAUUUCUAGGUUUGAUCUAUGACUCCCAAUCGGAGGUAACGAGUGUCAGCUGUCGGCUCGUUAUCUCUGAUUGGGAGCCAUAUUUAUUCUGAAUGUUUUCCUGUGGGAAUUGUGGGUUUUUGUUCUUAGUUCUGUCAGUGUUGCAGAGGACUUCACGUAUCGGUCUUGUUUUGUUGUUUUGUUCCAGACUUUGAAUUAAUAAAGUCAUGUUUCUUGGACACGCUGCGCCUUGGUCAUACUUGGACGACAUAGACCCUCGUGACACUAUUUAGUCUGCCAAUAAGAAUGCGGUGGUUGACAGAGUCGAAAGCCUUGGCCAGGUCAAUAAAAACGGCUGCACAGUACUGUCUAUUAUCGAUCGCGGUUAUAAUAUCGUUUAGGACCUUGAGCGUGGCUGAAGUGCACCCAUGACCAGCUCGGAAACCGGAUUGCAUAGCGGAGAAGGUACGGUGGGAUUCGAAAUGGUCGGUGAUCUGUUUGUUGACUUGGCUUUCAAAAAACUUUUGAAAGGCAGGGCAGGAUGGAUAUGGGUCUGUAACAGUUUGGAUCUAGAGUGUCACCCCCUUUGAAGAGGGGGAUGACCGCGGCAGCUUUCCAAUCUCUGGGGAUCUCAGACGUUACGAAAGAGAGGUUGAACAGGCUAGUAAUAGGGGUUGCGACAAUUUCGGCGGCUAGUUUUUAGAAAGAAAGGGUCCAGAUUGUCUAGCCCAGAUGAUUUGUAGGGGUCCAGAUUUUGCAGCUCUUUUAGAACAUCAGCUGUCUGGAUUUGUGUGAAGGAGAAGCGGGGGGGGCAUGGGCAAGUUGCAGCGGAGGGUGCAGAGCUGGUGGCCGGGGUAGUGGUAGCCAGGUGGAAAGCAUGGCCAGCCGUAGCAAAAUGCUUGUUGAAAUUCUCGAUUAUUGUAGAUUUAUCGGUGGUGAUAGUGUUUCCUAGCCUCAGUGCAGUGGGCAGCUGGGAGGAAGUGCUCUUAUUUUCCAUGGACUUUACAGUGUCCCAAAACUUUUUGGAGUUAGUGCUACAGGAUGCAAUUUCUGUUUGAAAAAGUUAGCCUUUGCUUUCCUAACUGCUUGUGUAUAUUGGUUCCUAACUUCCCUGAAAAGUUGCAUAUCGCGGGGGCUAUUUGAUGCUAAUGCAGUACGCCACAGGAUGUUUUUGUGCUGGUCAAGGGCAGUCAAGUCUGAGGAGAACCAGGGGCUAUAUCUGUUUCUUAGUUCUGUAUUUUUUGAAUGGGGCAUGUCUAUUUAAGAUUGAGAGGAAAUUACUUUUAAAGAACAACCAGGCAUCCUCUACUGACGGAAUGAGAUCUAUAUCCAUCCAGGAUACCUGGGCCAGGUCAAUUAGGAAGGCCUGCUCGCUGAAGUGUUUUUGGGAGUGUUUGACAGUGAUGAGGGGUGGUCGUUUGACCGCGGACCCGUUACGGACGCAGGCAUAAGGCAGUGAUCGCUGAGAUCCUGGUUGAAGACAGCGGAGGUGUAUUUAGAGGGUAAGUUAGUCAGGAUGAUAUCUAUGAGGGUACCCAUGUUUACGGAUUUAGGGUUGUACCUGGUAGGUUCGUUGAUAAUUUGUGUGAGAUUGAGGGCAUCUAGUUUAGAUUGUAGGAUGGCCGGGGUGUUAAGCAUAUCCCAAUUUAGGUCACCAAGCAGUACGAACUCUGAGGAUAGAUGGGGGGCAAUCAAUUCACAUAUGGUGUCCAGGGCACAGCUGGGGGCUGAGGGGGGUCUGUAGCAAGCGGCAACAGUGAGAGAUUUAUUUCUGGAAAGGUGGAUUUUAGAAGUAGAAGCUCAAACUGUUUGGGCACAGACCUGGAUAGUAUGAUAGAGCUCUGCAGGCUAUCUCUACAGUAGAUUGCAACUCCACCCCCUUUGGCAGUUCUAUCUAGACGGAAAAUGUUAUAGUUGGGGAUGGAAAUUUCAGAAUUUUUGGUGGCCUUCCUAACCCAGGAUUCAGACACUGCUAGAACAUCAGGGUUGGUGGAGUGUGCUAACGCAGUGAAUAACUCAAACUUAGGAAGGGAGGCUUCUGAUAUUUAUGUGCAGAAAACCAAGACUUUUACGGUUACAGAAGUCAACAAAUGAUAGCUCCUGGGGAGUAGGAGUGAUACUGGGGGCUGCAGGCCUGGGUUAGCCUCUACAUCACCAGAGGAACAGAGGAGGACUAGAAUAAGGAUACGACUAAAGGUUUUAAGAACUGGUCUUCUAGUGCGUUGGGUACAUAGAAUAAAGGGGGCAGUUCUCCGGGCGUUGUAGAAAAGAUUCAGGCCAUUAUGUACAGAAAAGGAUAUGGAAGGAUAUGAGUACAGUUCAGGUAACCCUAAGCGUUGGGUAACAAUGAAAGAGAUAGCGUCAUUGGAGGCACCGAUUGAGCCGGUCCUCGGCGUGUAUGGGGGUGGAACAAAGGAACUAUAUGAGGCAGUUUGAGAGGGACUAGGGGUUCUACAGUGAAAUUGUAUAAUAAGAACUAACCCAAACAGCAAUAGGCAAGGCAUAAUUGACAUGGGAGAGAGGCAUAAAGCAGUCACAGGUGUUAUUAGAGAGAGCUAAGACAACAACUGGAAAUAGCGAUAACGUUUGGGCUAAGACUAAACAGAAUAAACAGGACAGGGUACCGUGUAAAGGAAACAGUCCAGCAGGCAUCAGCUGUGGCAGCUGAGUGAUCAUAAGGUCCAGUGAACAGCAAUAUGUGAGUCCGAGAGCAGUUCAAAUUGGUGCUUCAGCACAGCUAGCAGGGAGCACAGUUGUAGUUUGCGUGUGCUAGCGGGCCGGGGCUGGCAGAUGGAUCUUCGUGGUCGUCGCAACUGGAAGCCUGAUGAAACCACAUCAGACUAUUUCGUCGGCAAACCAGUCGUGUUGGAUCGGCGGGGCUCAGUGUCAACACUAGGAGGUCCCGUCCGGUUGACAGAGAGGUAGAUAGCCGGGAGAUGGGCCUGAGGCUAGCUCAAGGCUAACUGGUGCUUGCUAUAGGGCAAUGGUAAAUCAGCCAACAACAGGUUGCAGCUAGCUAGCUGGUUGUGAUGAUCCGGCGCUAGGGUCCAGUGAUUCCGGCAGAAAGUCCAAUAAGCUCUGGGUCGAUAGCACGCUGGGGUCGAUAGCACGCUGUGCAGACAGGCCGACGAAUUGUCCAGGCUAGAGCUGGCUGGUGGAUAGUGUAGGCCACGGACAGUGGGGAAGACGCUAACGGUGACUAAUAGCAGGUAGCCAUUUAGUUGCGGCUACACUAGUAUCAGCUUACGGUUCUUGAUGAAAGUUAUAAAGAAAUAAUAGAAUCCUUUCCACGUUGGGUGAGGCGGGUUGCAGGAAAGUAUAUUUAGUUAAAGAAUGAAAAGUAAAAAUUGAGAGAUAUAUACAAAAUAGACAAAAAAAAACAAGAAACGGGAUAUUUACACAGGACGAUGAAAUAAAAGCGACCGCACUGCUACGCCAUCUUGGAUUUUAGAGUUAUAACAUUUUCCAAUGUUAUAACAAUAAACAGAACAUGUGUUGGAGAACAGCUAACACUAAAUCAGGAACGCCAUAGAGCAGACAUCCCAUUCUUCAAAUAUUCCAUGCAUCUGUGACAGAGGAGUACAUUGAGGAAUACCAAACCUCGGAGCAAUUAUUCAGGCCAGUGUAGAAAUGACACAGUCUACUACUCUCACUGAUCUGUAUGGCAAAGCAUGAAUUCAUGUUUUCAUUCAUUCAUGUUUUCAUUCAUUUGUGGUUUUAAUUCAUUCAUUUAUUUGAUUGUUCAUGUGUUAAUUAGUUUAUAUAUUCAUUCAAUUAUUCAUUUAUUUGUUUGUUCUUUCUUUCAUUCAUUCAUAUUUGUAUUCAUACUUUUUUUCAUUGGUAAUUUGUUAAUUUGUUUCUAUAUUCAUUUAUUGAUUAAUUUGUUUGUUCAUUAGUUCAAUCAUCUGUUCGUUCAUUCUUUUGUUUGUUUGUCGGCCGUUCCGUCUGUACGUCCGUUCAUUCAUUCAAUCAUUUUUCUACUGUGAAUGUAACACUGGCUUGAGCAAAAAGAGACAGUUUGUAGCUUUUAGAAAGCUUUGCUUAUUCAGUGUUUUUUACUCCACUUGACAGGGAAAUGAGCCUAUGUGUAUUUAUCAAUAAAGCACCAAUAUAUUUCUAUGUGUUUGAUACAUUCCAUUCUAGACAUUACUAUAAGUCGUCCUCCCCUCACCAGCCUCCACUGGUGCUGUCAGUAAACUCAGUACCUGUCUCAUCAGCAUGUACCACUGUCACUAGACACACAGAGCUGAGAUGGAGGGAGAGAUGGAGGGAGAUCGCCCUCCAGUGGCAGAAUAACUCUGUUUUUCUCCUCUGUAGACAGCCUCCAGUCUGCAUGAGAGUGUAUGAAUGUGUUUCUGUGCUAUGAUCCAUAGAGGCCUCUCUCUCCCUCUUUUUCCUCACUGAUCUCUUUCUUUUCUCUCUCUCUCUCUCUCUCUCUCUCUCUCUCUCUCUCUCUCUCUCUCUCUCUCUCUCUCUCUCUCUCUCUCUCUCUCUCUCUCUCUCUCUCUCUCUCUCUCUCUCUCUAGUCUCUUCUCCCCCUCUCCUCCAGAAAGACGAGCGUGGAGAGAGUGGUAAAGGGGACGGCAACAGAUAGGUGACUAGAAGUAUGGUAGGAAAUCGGAUAAAUGAUGGGGAUGGGGGAGGUGCAGUGAGAUUGGAAGGGGAGAUACGUUAAGGUGGGCGGAAGGGGGGGACGGGGAGUGGGAAGGGGAUGGGGGGGAGUUCCUAGGGUGAUAGGAGAUGAAAGACAGGGGGGGAGGUGGGGGGAAGGUCAUGUGAGGUGUAUAGAGAGUAGGAUGAGAGUAUAAUGGGGAGGGAAGAUAGAGGGGGUAGGUAAGGGGGGGGAAAGUUGUGGGGUUGAAUUCGGGGACUGUGAAGGGGAUGGGUGGGAGUUGAGUGAGGGGAAUAAGGUGAGGUGGGGCGCAAACAUGGGGGGAAUUUGUGAAGGUUAAAGAGGGGAUGAAUGGGGUUAGAGGGGGGGUGGUAGGGAGAAAGAAAAUAAUGAAUGGCGGGGAGCGGGGGUGAUGCAAAAAGAGAAAAAAAGAGUAAAGGGGGUCUCUCUCACUCGAGUUCUCUCUCUCUCUCGUCGAUCUCCUCAUCUCUUCUCGUCGGCUCCUCUCUCUCUCGGUCUCACCUCUCUCUCUCUGCUCCUCUCUUCUCUCUCGUCUCUCUCUCUCACGGGUGGAUGUAGGAACAGAGAUGUGAUUGGUAAGGAGGAAUAGGGCGGGACUGUCAAAAUUAACAUUUGGUAGGAGGUUUGGAACAGAGAGAGAUAAGAGAGAGAGAGAGAUGCAGAAAUAGGGAAGUACAUAGUUGUACGAGUGCAAGGCAUGAGAGAGAGAGAGAGGGAGGGGCAGAGAGAGAGAGAGAGAGAGAGAGAGUACAUAAAGUACAUGAAGUUUGAAUUUAAGUUCCUAUAAGUAGAGAGAGAGAGAGAGAGAGAGAGUUAUAGACUUGGACACACAGCAUUAUAUCAGGACCUAUAGACACCUGGACCAACCUGGAGAGAACACAACAUUAGAUCAGGACCUAUAGACACCUGGACCAACCUGGAGAAAACACAACAAGAUGAGGAUCCUGCUGAUAGUCAUCCUCCUCUCCUUCAUGACAGGUAAUAAGCUUGUUAUAACUCUCUAUAACAAUGUAAUAACAUCCAGUUAGUCUUCUUAUAAAGGCUGCUGCUACAGAUAAGGAAACACUACUGUGUGUGGUGUGUGUGUGUGUGUGUGUGUGUGUGUUUGUGUGUGUGUGUGUGUUUCUGUGUGUGUGUGUGUGUGUUUGUGUGUGUGUGUGUGUGUGUGUUUGUGUGUGUGUGUGUGUGUGUGUGUGUGUGUGUGUGUGUGUGUGUGUGUGUGUGUGUGUGUGUGUGUGUGUGUGUGUGUGUGUGUGUGUGUGUGUGUGUGUGUGUUUCAGGAUGCCACUUGCGUAGGAAUUCUAACCAUCAGUACAUUAGUAUUCCAAAACACUAAACCAAGAGGAAUAAAACAUAUGUUCUCUUGUCUGAUUGACAAGUUGUUUGAGCUCAUUCAAAGUGACAGGAUACUCUGGAGGAACUGUCAUCAUCUACUGUGAAUAUUCAAAUAAGCAUGAAUAUUCCAUAGAAGAAAGAAGUUCUGAGAAAUAUUUCUGUAUGGGGAAGUAUAGUUGGAGUAGUUGUGAGGAUAAAAUCAAAACUGGAUUGAAGAACACCUGGCAGCACAGUGGUAGAUUAUCUCUGUAUGACAACACAGAAGGAAACGACUUCAAGGUGAUCAUCAGACAACUGACUAAACAAGAUGAAGGGACCUACAGGUGUGGAGUGGACAAACCUAAUGCACCUGACAGUUACACCAAGGUAGAGCUGGAUGUGAAGAAGGGUGAGAGACUUUAACUUUAACUUUAGAAAAUGAAUUUAGCUAGAUAUGUUGUUGCAUGAUUAGUACCACUAGUCAAGGAAGUUAUUCUAGUAUUAGACUAAGGUUGUGAUGUGUGUUCCUAUUGACAGAUGACUGCUGUGAGAAGUCAGUCACAGAGACGGUCUAUCUGGGAGGAGAAGCUACCAUCAGCUGCAACUAUCCAGAGGACCAUGAGGACAGCAUCAAGUAUUUCUGCAAGGAAGACAGGGACUGUAAAUACAAGAUAUCAGCUCACUAUGACCAAACAGGAUUCUCAACUGCAAAAGCUGGGCGUUUCUCUCUGUCUGUAAACAGCAGAGUGAAAUCCUACUCAGUGACCAUCAGUGACCUGACUGAAGAUGAUACUGGGACCUACUGGUGUGGAGUAGAAACCAGCAGGACAGAAGGACCGUUACAUUGCACUGAUCACACAGGUGAAGCUACGAAUUUUAAGUGAGUAUAAACAAGACUUCUAUUUCUUUAGCAUGUGUACCCAAAACACACACGUUAAAGUCUUGUAAGAAAGUAAUUUCAUUGAAAUCAUAAUUGCAUUCAUUGUUUUAUGUCAUUCACAUGUUUGAUGUAUUUGAUAACGUUCCAUCUAUUCCAUUCCAGCCAUUGUGGUUAGCCUGUCCUCCUAUAUCUCUGUCCACCAGCCUCCUCUGCUUCCCAUGCUAUACCCCUGCAGUAACUAUGUACUGUAUGACCACGUAAAUAAUAUAUAGCAUUCUAUUUUAUCAGAUAUAACUACAAUAUGUUAUGUCUGACAAUUAAAAUACUGUCAUUUUAAAGUAGCAAUCACAUCUAGAACCUUCUGAAAUAUGCUGUUAUUAAUUGGCAACAACCAGUUUAGUGAAAUGUAGCAUUGAACUAAACAUCUUAUCAGUAGUAGUAGUUCAGUGGUUGACAGCAGUUAGUGUGUUAGUGGAGGCUGGGUGAGUCUGUGUGUUUGUAGUGGUGUGAAAAGCCACUGGACCAGAACACUGUAACUUCCUCUGUAAUGUCUGUGUGUUUCUAUAUCGGUCUGAGUAUCACUAAGCAGUCAUGUGUUCAAGAUAUAAAACCCCAAGUUUCAGUAUGGAUGUCAUCAUGAAACCUGCAGUUGUCAUGACCUAUAUUUGAGAGAGAGAGAGAGAGAGAGAGAGAGAGAGAGAGAGAGAGAGAGAGAGAGAGAGAGAGGAGAGAGAGAGAGAGAGAGAGAGAGAGAGAGAGAGAGAGAGAGAGAGAGAGAGAGAAGGAGUGAUGAAAAAGAAGAGAGUGAUGAGAGACAGAGAAAAGAUAGAAAGAGAGAGCGAUGUGGUGAGCUAAAGGAGAACUAAACACCUCAACAGGAACAAGAGUAACCCCCCUCCAUAUCUCUCUCUGUGCCUGUAACUCUCUCUCUCCCUCCAUCUCUCUCUGUGCCUGUAACUCUCUCUCUACCUCCAUAUCUCUCUCUGUGCCUGUAACUCUCUCUCUCCCUCCAUCUCUCUCUCUCUCUCCAUGUGACUCUUCGCCUCCAUCUCUCCCUCCAUCUCUUCCUCUCCUCACCUAGCAAAAAAAAAAUCCCACCUGUGUCAAUCGCUUUCAGUGGCUCCACCCACCACCACCACAACAACAACAACAACAACAGCAACAACAACAACUACAGCACUUCCAGCCUCAGCCACAACCACCUUCAUCUCACCGUCACCAUCACCAUCAUCACCACCAUCCACAUCAUCACUAAACAGAUCUGGUAAAUUACAUUUUACAAAUUCAAAUGUCUGAGUCUCACUUUGGUAGACAUGUCUGUAUGUAGUGUUAUGAUAUGAGGGUAGGUUAGUGGUAGACAUGUCUGUAUGUAGUGUUAUGAUAUGAGGGUAGGUUAGUGGUAGACAUGUCUGUAUGUAGUGUUAUGAUAUGAGGGUAGGUUAGUGGUAGACAUGUCUGCAUGUAGUGUUAUGAUAUGAGGGUAGGUUAGUGGUAGUCAUGUCUGUAUGUUGUGUUAUGAUAUGAGGGUAGGUUAGUGGUAGACAUGUCUGUAUGUAGUGUUAUGAUAUGAGGGUAGGUUAGUGUAACAGGUUUGUCUAAUCGGUUCCGUAACAGUGUGUGUGUGUGUUCCAGGUUCCUCAGUGGUCAUCAUGGUGUCUGUGAGUCUGGUAGUGUUGCUGCUGGUGAUCAGCCUGAUUAUAGUCUACAGAUGGAAAUACAACAAGGCCACAGGUGAGAAACACACACAGACACACACACAGUUACGGAACCGAUUAGACAAACCUACUGUUACAAAGAGAGGAAGUUCAAAUAAAUUUGCAUAAUAGGAUAAAUAGGGGAAGUGCCUCUCUGUCUCUGUCUCUCUCUGUCUCUCUCUGUCUCUCUGAGUAAUAUGUGUUGUGUUCCACAGGAUCUGUCUCUUCAACACACACAGUGAGCCCAGACAAAGGGAACAACGAAGGGGUCAGUGUAUUUUAUUUGUUAGUUUUUGUGAAUGAGUGAUGUCAUUGAGUGUGUUUGUGAUGUCAUACUAUUCUCUCCUCCCUCCUCCUCAGGGUUGUCAUGGUGACGGUGACUAUGAGGAGAUAAAGGAGCGCCCCCUACAGUCAGACUCAGACGCUGCGCCCACCACCAUCUACGCCACCGCCAACUUACCCACAAGCCACUCUGACUCUCCCCACUACACCAGCGUCAACUUCCACCAGAACCCCAGCGGCCCCAACGAAGCCAGAGUCACCAUCACUAAAGAGGGGACUUCAUCAUGUGACUAUGCUACUGUGAACUUUGGUCAAAGCCCCGCCUACUCUACUGUCAAUCAUCCACACAGCUCCUCUGAGGCUCCUCCCAUCUACUCCACAGUCAGCAAACCCAGACACACC